CUCUAUUCACAUCUGAUUACAACCCUAAUCCUGCACCCAUCAGGCCUUGGGCCGACAGCGACAGCGACAUCAACAGUGACCUUGAUGGCGACAGCGACGAGAUCAGUGAUUCGGGGAGGGAAGAGGAACUGUGGGAAGAAGAGUGAUCUUGAUUCUGGUGACGAUUGGAACCCUCUUCUGGAAAGUCCGGAUCGUUCAAAAUCACCUGCAUCAGCUCAGUCGCCAAGAAUAGGCAACCCCCCUACACCCACAUCAUCAGGACCGAUAGACAAACUCUCUAUAUCCACAUCUGAACCUGCUUCUAAAGCCACGCCCACACCCACUUUUGAAGCCUUCACUUAUCCCGCCCCUGAAGCCCCUCCCACGACCAACCAUAAUUCCACUCCCGCGCCCAUCCCUAGUCCAGCACCCACAUUACCACGAAAGAGAGGCCGGCCCCGGAAGCAUGCUUUAAAACCCAACCUUAUACUUAAACCAACCCCUGCUCCUGCUCCUACAACCCUCCCAAAUUCAUUACCAGCUGCUGAUUCCACUCCCAUAACCAUCUCCGAUCCCUCCGCUGAUCCCAUUCCAGCAUCAAGUUUGGAUCCCGCUCCCAAUCCCUCAAUCUCCAUCAAUUCUGAACCCAAUCCCGAACCUGCUUCCACAUCUGAAGCUAUGCCGCAACCUGCUUCGACCAAAGAGAAACUGAAGCUCGUCGCAACUCCUUAUUCACCAAGACAAACCAGAGGCAAGUCAUCAUCUGCCUUGGAUUUACCUUGGACGAAAGUUGACAGUAAGCCAGAUAAGUGGCUUGACAUCACCAAUGAGGAUGAGGAACCGCUACUACCGAAUUUCUCUCCCAAGCGACCUCCAGGUCCACAACUCACGACGGACAGAACGUAUACACCCUUACAGUUGUUCCAACUCUUUUUACCCAACUCUGCAGUCAAGACAAUCGUCCGAAACACCAACAGCAAUGCCGAAAAGAGAGUGAAAGCUGGAAAGAAGUUCGUCUGGGUACCUCUAACCAUAGCCGAGUUCUACUCGUAUGUGGCGUUAGUUGUCUACAUGGGACUGGUGAAGGCGAAGUCAAUUGCAGACUACUGGGCGAGAAAACGAAUGUACAAUUUCUCGUACCCGCAAUCCAUCAUGUCCCGAGCAAGAUUUCAGGCCAUCUCCUGGAAUCUUCACCUCUGUGAUCCUCAAGAGGACGAGGAGAACAAUAAGAAGAAAGGCACCACAGGUUAUGACCGGCUGCUCAAAAUCAAGCCUCUGUACACAGACGUUCUUUCGGCGUGUAGGAAACACUUUCAUCCCAACAGAGAGAUUCUGGUAGACGAGAGAAUGGUUGCUACCAAAGCUAGGAUUGGACUCAAGAGAUAUAUGAAUGACAAACCAAUUAAAUGGGGCUACAAACUCUUCGUUCUUGCCGAUUCGUCCUGUGGGUACACCUGGAAUUUCUUCGUGUAUGAAGGAAAGACUUCAACGUCGUCGGGGAAAGGUGCCGGGUACGAUUCGGUAAUGAGACUACUGGAUCACAAGGUCCUCGGCAAGGGUUAUAUGUUAUACAUGGACAAUUUCUACACCAGCCCGACACUUUUCUUGGAUUUAUUGCAGAACGGCAUCCUCGCUUGUGGCACGUUGCGCCAUGCCUCCAGUUUACCGAAGGUCAGCGAUCUGAGCGGAAGAUCUGAAUUAGGAUCCAUCCGUUGGUGUCGACAAGGUCCUCUUCUGUUCGUCAAAUGGAUGGAUGCGAGAGAAGUCCUCAUGUGUUCCUCGAUUCACAAGGCAUUCACGGGGGAUACAGUCACCAGGAACGCCAAGGGUUCCGAUGGGGUUUGGAGAACACGUCUAAUUCCUGUUCCAUCCGCUGUGAAGGACUACAGCAAAUACAUGGGAGGCGUUGAUCUCUCGGAUUCCCUCAUAGAGCAUUAUAACGUCCUCCACAAAACCACAAAAUGGUACAAGACCUUCUUCUUUCAUUUUCUUGACAUCGCAGUAGUCAACAGUUUCAUCCUUCACCAAGAAUUGGCCAAAGCUCAGAGCAAGGUUCCUCUCAACCAUAAAUUGUUUAGGGAAACUCUUGUUUCUGAACUUGCACGUGCCGGCAGAGGUAAGAAUCCCUUUGCUGUCAAAGAUCCCUCAACAUCCGCCACGCCGGUCUCCACAAGUAAGUCGGCACACGUGCCUUCAACCCCUACUGAAAUGAAUGAAACUCCGUCCGACACGGAGUCGUCUCCCCCAGCCUCACCUGCCCAGACGGAGCGAUGCUAUCCGGAGUAUUUCGGUUCUGAUGCUACGCAUGGGAGGCGAGUUUGUGUCAUGUGCAAACUGCAAGGAAAUAAAGUCAAGACUCCCAUAUACUGCUCCCACUGCAAGGUGGCGUUGUGCUUCGUGUCAUCACGUAACUGCUUCAAGAAAUGGCACAUGGAUUAUCACCUGGAAGAUUUGUAGAUAUGUUGCAUGUUUUGGUUUUUUGAGGCCUUUUAUGCCCAUUUUUCAUUUUGUAUGAACUUGUUAUCUGUAUAGUUACGACUCUAUUAAAUACAACUACAACUGAUAUAGUCUCGUGUUUUCUGUUCGCUUCUUGGUGUACAUUUUUAUCAGGUGCCUUUCAAAUAAAAUCAAAUAAGGGCACUGCCAUAGGCGGAGCAUGUGU